AUGAAUCUCAAGAAGAUGAAGAUGACGAUGGAAGUGAAGCGGGUUCAGAAGAUCUUUCCAGAAGAGAGCCAAACAGCUCCACCAGAAGGAUGGCAGAACCUCACACCUGAAGCACUAUCAAUCUUGGACAAAUCCGAAUACGUUCUCGAUCUCAUCCGUCACAUCCCCUACUUCAAACAGUCCUUCUGGUCAAUCGGCUUCCUCUACAAGUCCCAACUAUGCGAUAUCCCCGAAUACUCUCUCAAGGACUUUGAGGAAGAGAUGUGGUGGGCAGAAGACUAUGAAUUCGUUUCCACGAGAGGUGAAGAAGAUGGAAGACACUUUAUCCGCCUUGCCGAAGGACGAGAAAGCGGUGGCCGCAUGGUAUGGCUGAAUGCCAAGGAUGGUGAGAUUAUCGACUGCGAUAUAAGAGGCGAUCCAGAAGAUCCGGUGGAUAUUCAGGUUUAUUUCAACAGUCUCAAGGAGAGAUAUCGAAAGUUGGAGUUGUUUCCAGGUCCUCCUAGCAUUGUUACUCAAGAGUAUGAGGAAGUGCCAGAGGACGAUGAUACGAUCACUGAGCAGGAGUUUCUGGAACAAGGACCAGGGAUCUCCGUUUACGAGAAUGCCAAUUUUGCUAGGAAGCUUUAUCGUAGGUUUGGAUGGCCUGAUGCCUUUCAAAGGGACGAGUGCUGGAAGGAGGUCGGGAGAUUACAGGAUGAGAUGAACGACAUGGAUGACAGUAUCUGGGAAGGGACUCCUGUGUACGGUCGACAUUGA